AUGGGUUUUAUGCUGAAGCCCCCGCCAGACACUGCUGGUAAGGCAUGGCCUGCCAUCGUCAUUGGUCUCUUCGUCGCCUUUGGUGGUGUUCUCUUCGGAUAUGAUACUGGCACUAUCUCUGGCAUCAUUGCCAUGGACUACUGGAAGAAGCAGUUCUCCACUGAACCAGACCUCAGCAUUACAGCAGCGCAAGAUUCGUUAAUUGUGUCAAUUCUUUCAGCUGGUACCUUCUUCGGCGCUUUGACGGCUGCACCUUUCGGCGAUCUCCUAGGUAGACGCCUAGGAUUGAUGGUUUCUACCGGUGUCGUCUUCAAUCUCGGUGUCAUUCUCCAAACCGCUGCGACAGCGCAACCGCUCUUCAUUGCUGGUCGUUUCUUCGCCGGUUAUGGUGUCGGUCUCAUCUCAGCUUUGAUUCCUAUGUACCAGAGUGAAACCGCGCCGAAAUGGAUUCGCGGAACGAUUGUAGGAGCUUACCAGCUUGCUAUCACAAUUGGACUACUACUCGCGGCUAUUGUAAACAACUCGACCAAGGAUCGUCAAGACUCUGGAUCAUACCGGAUUCCUAUCGCGGUGCAAUUCCUCUGGUCUAUCAUUCUUGUCGGCGGACUCUUCUUCCUGCCCGAGACACCAAGAUAUCUCAUCAAGAUGGACAAAUACGAGCAGGCCGCUAACAGUCUCGGCAAGCUUCGUCGCCUACCAGUGGACCAUCCGGCUAUUGUUGAGGAAUUGAGCGAGGUCCAAGCGAACCAUCUUUAUGAGAUGUCGUUGGGCAAGUCUACAUAUGCCGACUGCUUCAAGGGAACGCUUGGCAAGCGUCUCUUGACUGGAUGCUUGCUCCAGUCGCUGCAACAGCUUACUGGUGUAAACUUCAUCUUCUAUUACGGAACACAAUACUUCCAGAACGCCGGUUUCCGUGACCCCUUCAUCAUCCAGGUCAUCACUAACUGCGUCAACGUCGCGUCUACAUUCCCGGGUCUCUACAUGGUCGAGCGCCUCGGACGACGUAACCUCCUUCUCCUCGGAGCGAUAGGCAUGUGUGUAUGCCAGUACAUUGUCGCCAUCACAGGAACAGUAGCCGGAACUACCGAUCUUGCAGCACAGCGAGCCGCCAUCGCCUUUGUGUGCAUCUACAUCUUUUUCUUCGCCAGCUCUUGGGGCCCUGUCGCCUGGGUUGUGACUGGAGAACUUUACCCUUUGAAGGCACGCGCCAAGUGUCUUUCGAUGACGACCGCGAGUAACUGGUUGCUCAACUGGGCAAUUGCCUACUCGACCCCUUACCUGGUCGACGAAGACCACGCAAACCUCCAAUCAAAGGUCUUUUUCAUAUGGGGAUCCUUCUGCUUCGUCUGUAUCGCCUUUGUUUGGUUCAUGAUCUACGAAACCAAGGGUCUCAGUCUCGAACAAGUCGACGAACUCUACGGCAUUGUCACAAAAGCAUGGAAGAGCCAGGCAUUCCGCCCUGCGGUUCAUUUCAGUGAGAUCGAUCCCAAGAGUGGGCGCAGUAUGAGUUUGAGUGAGGUGGCGCAGAAUCAGGAGAGGAAGAGGAGUGUGCAGCACGAUGAGGCGGUUGCGCAGCAUGAUGAGGCGGUUGUGCCGCCUAAGGUUGAGGCGUGA